AAAUGAAAAAAAAAUUGUGUUUAAAGAAUUUACUUAGGGUUUACAAAAACGCACCGUUUACUUCAUUGAAAAUAUCAACAGCAAAGUUCGAGCUUUUAUCUUCAAUCCCAAAGCUUCAACCUUCCACAGAGCAGCAACAAUGGAGCUCUGUGUUAACUCAACAAAACCUCUCAAUUUAAACCAAAAACCCCACCUUUUCGCUCCCAAAGCCACCAUUCCUUUAUCUCUCAAAAAUCCAAUUCUCCAAUUCAAUUACAAAAUCCAAAAAAGACCAUUAUAUUAUCCUCUCAAACAACUCUCUUCUUUUUCCCGCCAAAUUCAGUUCCUUAAACCGCCACUCUCUCUUAUUAAGGCUUCAGCAGCUUCUUCAGCGGCUUUCGGAGUCGAAACAGAUAAGCUUCCGGCUGAUAUAAAGGUCACUGAGAUUCAAGAGCCUAAUUCAAGAGUAAGAUUGAGUGUGGAAGUUCCAGCAGCAGUAGGUCAGGAUUGUUACAGAAGGGUCCUAAAGGAGUUUAUGAAGCAAGUAAAGAUACCUGGAUUUCGCCCUGGAAAGAUCCCAGAGAGUGUUCUUCUAAAUUAUGUUGGGAAAGAAAAUGUUCAGAAGGCCACAGUAGAAUCCAUUUUGAAAAGGACUCUCCCUCAUGCUAUGUCUUCGGUAACUGGAAGGGCUUUGAGAGAUUCAGUUCGCAUAAUAACCAAAUUUUCUGAUAUGGAGAAAACCUAUUCUGCUCUUAGUUCUCUGAGUUAUGAUGUCAUUGUAGAUGUGGCUCCUGAAGUCAAAUGGAUACCUGAGAAUGGGUACAAAAAUCUGAAGAUUGUUGUUGAAAUAGACAAUGACAUAGAAGCUGAAAGAGCCUGUGAGCAGGAAAUAAGGCGUCGGCACAAGUCCUUAGGUUCUCUGAGAAUUGUGACUGACAGAGGACUACAGGUUGGUGAUCUUGCGGUCCUUGAUAUAUCAGCAACAACUAUUGAUCAAGAUGAGUCUAAUGUUCAAAAGAUUCCAGCUGCAGAAAGCAAAGGUUUUCAUUUUGACACAGAAGAUGGUGAUAAAGUACUUCCUGGUUUCCUUGAUUCCAUAAUUGGUAUUCAACGAGGCCAAACAAUGUCCUUUCCACUUGUAUUUCCUGAAUCAUGGCAACAAGAAAAUCUUCGUGGGGUUCAAGCUCAAUUUACUGUUGAAUGCAAAGAACUAUUCUACAGGGAUUUACCUGAGUUAAAUGACUCUAUUGCUGAUAAGCUUCUUCCUGGAUGCACUGACUUGAAGCAGGUCAAGGAAUCAUUAUUGCAAAAGUGCCAAGAAGUGGAGCAAGUUGCAAGAGACCAAGCAACUGAUAAUGCAAUUCUUGACCAGCUUCGCAAGAUGGUGGAAAUCGAUAUUCCCCAAUCCUUGUUUGAGGAACAAGGUAGGCAGCUUUAUGGAGCCAAACUUCUGGAGAUUCAGGCAAAUGUAAAGCUAAACGAACAGCAGUUGGCUUCUCUGUCAAGUCCAAAGGCAGUGAAUGAAUAUCUGGAGAACCAGAGAGAGAACAUAAUAAACUUGAUACAGCAGAAUCUGGCAGUUGGAGAUAUUUUUAAACGUGAAAACUUGCAGUUUUCAUCAGAGGAGCUUGUGAAAGAGGUGCAAAAUUCUAUUGCUGAAUUCAAACGUCACAAGCAAAAAUUUGACGAGGACCGUGUGAAGGAACAGGUACAAGAUGUGCUAGAGGGAGCAAAAGUGAUUGAAUGGCUUAAAGAACGUGCAGAUAUUCAAUACAUAACAAGAUAAGAGAAUGAAUACUCAGUCCUGGCAGGAGAGAGUUGCAUUC